AGAGAAGAGGACUCUCAGGCUGUCAGGGUGUAAGUAAACACCCUCAAGAGGAGCUGCUGACAAGCUGUCCUACAGAGAUUCUGUUUGUUUCUAACUGUCAACAUUUCAAGAGGUCUAUGGUCCAGCACUGAGCAGAGACCAUGUGGUGUUUGGAGCUGCUCUUACCUCUGCUGUUGAUCAUCAAUGAUGCCAGUUGCCAGUGGAAUGUUUGGGUACCCCGGGAUAUCUCAGCCAUGACAAACUCAUGUGUGGUCAUCCCAUGCACCUUCAUGUAUCCGUCUGGAAUCAGGCCGUACCGUGGCAUUCAUGGUAUCUGGUACUUUGGCCAGCCCUACCCUCAACUCUUUCCCCCUGUAGUCUUCAAAUCACGUACAGAUGUUGUGCACGAGAGCUACAAGGGUCGCACCAAGCUGCUGGGUGACCUGCACCAGAGGAACUGCACUCUGCUCAUCAGCAACAUUGGUGCAGAGCACUCAGGGAGAUACUACUUUCGUGCAGACCUCGGUGGAGCCAAUAUAUACACCUACCCAGACUUUGCUGAGCUAAAAGUUUUGGAUCAGCCCAACAUCGAUGUACCUGAGGAGAUUGUCAGCGAUGAGAGCCUGGAGCUGACAUGCUACGCUCCUGAUAACUGCCCUGAAAUGACUCCAGAGAUUCAGUGGAUGUACACCGACUACCUGCCGGACCCCGAGUUCACCACUGACUACGUGGAGGAGAGUAACACAGCAGUGCUCUCCAGAACCCUCACCUUCAUACCCAGACCCAUGCAUAAUGGGCAGCUCCUGGGCUGCAGGGUCUACUACUCCAACACCACUCUGGUUUAUGAGAGGCUCAUUUCACUGGACAUCAAGUAUGCCCCUCGCUCGGUGUGGGUGAAUGUGUCUUCAGAGGUGAUGGAGGGCAGCUCUGUAAUGCUGCACUGUGAGGUGGACAGUAACCCUCCUCCCAGGAUUUCCUGGAUGUUCGGAGACCAGGAGCUGCUAUGGGACACGGCAUCUAAUGUCUCCCUCACCCUGGAUGACGUGAUGCCUGCAAAUGAAGGAAUAUACACCUGCGUUGGAGACAAUGGCUAUGGCAUCAUGAACACAUCACUGUACCUGGCUGUCAAAUACCCUCCCCGUGAGCCUGUGGUAAACGACUCUAUGACCGUACUAGAGGGCACGUCGCUGGCCUUGCACUGCAGCACUCAGGGAAGCCCGGCCCCAACCCUCACCUGGCUGAAGGAUGGGGAGCUGGUGGGCACCAUCACUGCUGACGAGCUGUCGGUGUUGGAAAUCCUGGAAAUCACACCACAAGGGGAUGGACAGUACCGCUGCCUGGCAGAGAAUGAGCAUGGGAGAGCCAGCAGCUCCCUCAACAUCACUGUUGAGUAUGCCCCAGUCCUUCUGGAGGAGUCAAAGUGUACUGUGGUGAGGGAGGGAGUCCAGUGUGUCUGCAUGGCCACAGGAAACCCUGAACCAACCAUCGAGUUCUACCUACCCGACCUUAACAUCACUAUUAACGAAACUGACGGCCGGUACAACUUCUACACGCACACAGAUGGACACAUGUCCACAGGCAUGAUCAAGCUGCGGGAGAAAGGCGACAGGGUCGAGAACGGCGGGCCAGCCGUAAACGUCCACUGCAGCAUCUACAACCUGUACGGAAGAGAAAGCGUCCUUCUGGAGCUGCAGCAGGAGAAAAAGUACAUGAUGGCAGUUAUAGUUGGCACCAUUGGAGGAGUAGCUGUCAUAGCCUUCAUCAUUGCAGCUGUGAGAUAUGUGGGCCACAACAACAAGAAAGAGAAUGGCAACCCUAGGCAGGACGUGGUCCUGGAGAACCCAGCUUUGUACUACAGCGCAGUCAAGAAGGACAAACAAAAUCUGAGGAAGAAAGUGCUUAAGACAGAGCUGUUGGGCUCAAAGUUUAACUCCAUUCUAGAGGAGACUACGGGAGAAGACGGGGAUUACCAACCUGUGGGCUCUAUGGCAGGACUGGAGAGGCAAGAGCUGAAUUAUGCUGCUCUGGAGUUUAUUGGGGCCAGGCCCAGGGAGGGGGCCUCAGGGAGGGGGGAUGACGGCAGCAACUAUUCGGAAAUCAAAGCCAAAUGAAUCGCGAUCCUUCCCUGACCCCUCGGCUAUGCGAGAUGCAGUGGCAGCCCCGGAUUCCACACACCACCAUACAGUGUGUAUUAACCUCCUUUCCUCUCCUGGACAUCACCCUGCACACGAUGACUCCUUGUUCCUCUUGUCUUCAGAUUUGUCACAUAUAAUGUACGGCUCUCUAUGUCAGUACUGCCCCCAUUGUGCUGCCCCUCUUCCACGAGAUGCCCCUCCUUAUGCCAUCAUUUGAAAAAAACUGGUAGUUUUCAGGGUUGGUGCAAAACCCAAUGGACAAUUUAUAACAAAUUAUUGCAGUGUCACUCCACAGUUGUUGUUUAUUGUCUUUACAUCAUAGAGUGUUAAGCAGCAGCCAUGUUUUUCUUGCUUUCUCCAUGUGAUUAUCACUGUCUCACUGUCUGCUCUCCAUGCCUCAUAACGGUCACUGUGUCUGCUGCCAGUCGAAGCGUCAGGGCAAGGAGUAACCGCGCUUUUUGUUCUCUUUAUCUUUAUGUGUGUUUAUCACCUGAGAGUGAAGCCUCUCUUCUCUGUUUGUUUUGGUUAAUUGCAUCUUAAGAUAACUGACAGAGGUGAGAGAUGGAAAUGUAUCUCAGCUUCUUUUACCACAUAAUUGUAUUUAAUUUGAGCUGUGAUUGAGCGGCCUCUCAUAAUAAACUGAAAUAAAAAUCA